AGCUCCUCCGAUUCGCAUCUCGGCCUCCUGCUAGAGAGCGAGACGGGUAGGAAAAACGCUCUCGGACAUCCUAUUCCCCCCUGAGAUCCGAGCUCUCACCUCAACGAAAACCCAAUCUCUCUCCACCUUCUUCUUUCGAUUGCUUCGCUCCCUCGUUGUUAGGAGAAGAUCCAAUCCCUGCCUCCCUUCCUCCUCGUCAUUUGAGAAGUAGAAGAAGCGAGGAGGGUGGGCUGGGCGAAGAAGAACAAGUAUUUUGAGGUCUAUUGUGGAGAGAUCUGUGGGCAUGGCGAGCGAGACCCAAGAAGCGAGAUUGGGAUCCCCCUCCCCGACCAGGAUCUGAUCCACAGAGCCCUAAUUCAUGGCGGGCGCCGUCUCGGCGCUGUUCCUCCUUGACAUCAAGGGCCGGGUCCUUGUGUGGCGGGACUACCGCGGCGACGUCUCCGCCCUCCAGGCCGAGCGCUUCUUCACCAAACUCAUCGAGAAAGAGGCGGAUCCAGAGUCUCACUCUCCUGUGGUGUUGGAUAAUGGAGUAACAUACAUGUUCAUACAGCACAACAACGUGUUCCUGAUGACGGCAGCGAGGCAGAACUGCAAUGCCGCCAGCAUUCUUCUGUUUCUGCACCGUGUCGUCGAUGUCUUUAAACAUUAUUUCGAAGAGUUGGAGGAGGAAUCUUUGAGAGAUAAUUUUGUUGUUGUGUACGAGUUACUUGAUGAAAUGAUGGACUUUGGAUACCCACAAUACACAGAAGCUAAGAUUCUUAGUGAAUUUAUAAAGACAGAUGCAUACAGGAUGGAAGUUACACAGAGGCCUCCGAUGGCUGUUACGAAUGCAGUGUCUUGGCGUAGUGAAGGGAUACGGUACAAGAAAAAUGAAGUGUUCUUGGAUGUGGUAGAAAGUGUAAAUAUUCUUGUAAACAGCAAUGGACAAAUUAUUCGUUCAGAUGUAGUUGGGGCAUUGAAAAUGAGAACAUACUUGAGUGGAAUGCCUGAGUGUAAACUUGGGCUAAACGACAGGGUACUUUUGGAAGCUCAAGGUCGAGCAACAAAGGGGAAAGCCAUAGAUCUGGAUGAUAUCAAGUUUCAUCAGUGUGUGCGUUUGGCUCGAUUUGAGAAUGACAGGACUAUAUCCUUUGUACCACCAGAUGGGUCUUUUGAUCUGAUGACGUACAGACUGAGUACUCAGGUAAAACCUUUGAUUUGGGUAGACGCUCAAAUUGAGAGGCAUUCGAGAAGUCGUAUAGAGAUCAUGGUAAAGGCAAGAAGUCAAUUCAAGGAACGAAGCACUGCAACAAACGUGGAAAUUGAGUUUCCUGUGCCUUCAGAUGCCAUCAAUCCUAACGUGCGGACUUCCAUGGGUUCUGCUGCAUAUGCACCUGAAAAUGACGCAUUGGUUUGGAAAAUAAAAUCUUUUCCUGGUAACAAGGAGUAUAUGUUGAGGGCGGAAUUUAGUCUUCCUAGUAUUACUGCAGAAGAGGCGACACCUGAGAAAAAAGCUCCUAUACGUGUGAAGUUCGAAAUUCCAUAUUUUACUGUAUCUGGAAUACAGGUCCGGUACUUGAAGAUCAUUGAGAAGAGUGGAUACCAGGCCCUUCCAUGGGUGCGAUAUAUCACAAUGGCCGGCGAGUAUGAACUGAGACUUAUCUAGUUUAGUUUUGAAUUCUCCUCUGUUGAUCCAAUACCAGAUACAUGGUUUGAGGAUUUCAGAGUACAACUUCUCGUUUUAGAGGGGCUUGCAAGGACUCAUCAAUUCAUCCUUGGUGUGUGCACUAUAAAGCUCAACCAAGCAGCAUUUCUCAACUUCUUUGUUAUCUUGUGAUACAUAGACAUUUUGCAAGGGCAUGAUUCUUAUCCAAAGAGAUUAUUUGUGCAAUUUUUUAGAUAAUCCUGAUUUUGUGAAGUACUUGGAUGAUUUUAACAAAAAAAAUAUCCUUGGAUGAUGGCC